AUGCCUCAAAGCAAGUCGGAGCGUCCCCAGAAACGCGCAAAACCUGAGCAAACGUCGCGGAAGGCGUAUAAAUUUUCGAAUGCGAUCGAUGUCAGACGCGCUCUCCAGAAUCAAGACCAGAAUGCUCAAAUAGAAGCCCUAUCUGCAUUGCGCUCGACUCUGUCUGUCAAGUCGGGGGAGAUUGUUGCUCCUCAAGAUGAGAGACUCGCGCUUGUUGUGCAGUGGAUGGAGAGUUCGUCAGGUGCUCAUGAUGUUUUUGAGAUAUGGGAGGGUACGAACCAGGUGCGUUCAUCCAGUCUAUCGCUCCUCGUGUCCCUGCUAUCCUCGGUCCUUACUCUGCUGUCCUCUCAUUUCCCAUACCACUCACACGGCAUUCCGAUUAUCAAAACGUUGUUGUCGCCGAAAUCGAUGCGCAAAAUCACAUCUUUCAUAUCUGGCUCCAAUGAGCUUAUUCUCGUUUCAUUGAAACUGUUGUACACCAUCUCUCACUUUGGAGGUGGGAGGGAGCGGAAGGCGCUUUUUGAAGCGUUUCCAUGGGACAUGAAGACUUUGGCAAAAUUAUCGCAUAUGAGAAGGAAAGGGAAAGGAGACGCAGAGGACGUUUUUGCAAGACCUGAUAUCCGCACUUACUACGUCUUCUUUAUUCUCUCCUUCAUCGACUCCGAAACUUCCUCGCUGGUGAAAUCGACUUUCCUCGAGCAGCAGAGGGAUAUAUUCCUGUCUAUCUUCAAAGGGCUUUCGCAAGAUUCGUAUCUGGUCGUCCGUAAAGUCCUCGAAGUGUGCUGGGUUGGGCUGUGGUCUGAUCCGAAAGUGAAACGGACCGCGAAGAUUGGACUGUUCGCUGAAAUCACAAUUGGACAUCUUUUGAAAUUAUACGAGCGCGCCGGUGCUGAAAACGCGGAUGGUGACCACAUCCCGGCGGAUCUCGUGCACCAUUUUCUCCUUGCUAUUUGUACACGACCAGGACUGGGCAUUUGCUUCAAAGAAAGAGGAUGGUAUCCUCGCGAUACUGAUGCUGAUGUCGUCGACGAGCCGAAGAAGGGCGGGAAAAUAUAUAACAAAAUCUUGAGUAAUAUACUGAAGAGCCUGAAGGUGAACGAAGACGCGAGGCAGCAGGAGCUUGCGUUGAAAAUCCUGGCGGCGUGUCCAGAGUUGGUUGCUGGAUACUGGCCUGCUGUAGGACUUACACUGGAACCCCGUCUAUCGUCGAAAUGGAUAGCCAACAUCGCGUUCUUUGGGCUUGUCAUCUCCCAACCCGUACCAGUUUCAUCGUUCCUCAUCCCUGGGAAUAGCAUUUAUCAACCCGAUCCACCGCCGCUCUCAACAAUCCUCGAGAGCAUCCUUCCGUCUGUCAGCACCAAGAUGCAUUUCUCCAAAGGAUUGCAGUCUACGUCCCACCUCGUGCAACAUUGUACAGCGCUUGCGUUGGCAAGAUGCUUGACCAAGCUCUCCUGUGUCUUCCGUGCUUUGCAGGAUGUUGAAUCUGCACUCGAGGAAGACGAAACUGGUCAGUGGACGCGUCGGCAUCGAGAGGUGGAACGAGAGGCUCGGAGAAGGGUGCCGGAGUUCCAGGUAGUGGUGGCGUUCUCGCAAAUGAAAGUAGAUGCCAGAGAGGUGAAACUGGCUUUGCUUGGGGAAAGUGCUCAGAGAUUGCUUUGGUUGUAUCAUCUGUGUUUCCCUCAGAUGGUCGCGGAGGCGAGGUUUGAUGUAGGGAAGUUGUUGCAGGGUCUUGUGGAUGCGUCGCAGGACACUGUAAGGGAGGCUGGGAGCGUGUGCGGUUUGCAUGGCUUGAAGCAGCUGCAUGUGCUCCGAUUGUUACAAGAAAGUGACCAAUUUACUUGGUCUGGAAAGGUUGCAAACUCUUCCAAUACUUACCUUCAUGCUCUUCUGAAGAUCUUUUGCGCGACCCCCACAAGAGCAGUUCGGAGUACCCUGCGCUCACUGCUUAGAAAAACGCUCGCUGAAAGCAUCCUUUUCCAAGAAGACCCGGACGAGGUGGACCUGUGGCUCGAUUCCUUCCCAACAACCUGUCGCGGUGCAGGCUGCGAAGCCCCAGAUGGCGCCGCACUAACUGACGAGUCUGACAGUGUUGCCACCUUCCUGGACGACUGCGCACAACGAUGUAUAAGAACCCCAUAUCGAUACUUGGAGGCUCUUCAGGAUCUUCUACCCAUGGAGAAUUCAGCAGUCGAUGCGCCGAGUCCGCUGCUCAUGACUGUGCUUGAACAAUUUGCUGCCAAACUAGUAGGAAAAUUGCUCACCCCAUCGGACGCACUCGCCAUUACUGGGUUUUUGAGAAGGCUCGUGUUCAAGCUAGCGGGCAAGUCGAGAGACCUGACGUUUCUGCGUAUAUUCUCUGGGAAAGUGGAUGAUGCUGCGAUACCUGGGAACUUGUUCUCUCAGUAUGCUUGUGUCACUGAUGCGAUCCGGCGUGAAGUGUCGAUCAUGCACAGGUGUUUCAGUCAUUUCCAGGAGCUGCGUAGCCGCUCGGAGCCUAGCCCGAGUUCAGAGGUCGAAGACUUCUUGACAAAAAUUGAAGGGGUGCCUUUGCCUGAAAGCUCGAGUGCACGCAUUCACAACGCGUACGAACUCGUUGACUGGUUGCGCUUCGUGGAACCUACUCUUCAGCCCCAAGAUAUCCUCCGGAUUGUGGCCGUAGUUGAACGCUUUCAUUCUCCUGCUCUCAAGGAUUUAUUCGAGAACCUUCAUCCCGCAGAUUCGCUGAUGUGGGAAGGCGGUGAUCUAAAAACUGCCUUGCGGCAGCUCCUCCAAGUGCUUUCAUUUGAUUGGAUGUUCACGCAAAGCUCUGAAGCCGACAUCGCAAACAAGCAAUGCCGCGAAAUAAUGCUGGAGUGUCUGUUCCUCAGACCACCAACACGGGUUCAGAUUGAGCAUGCCGUUUGCCUCGUCGCACAUGAUAUUUGCUCGACGACGGAGCGGGAAUCUAUUUUGUGCGAUCUACUGCUUUUGCUAUCUUCGAUUAUGCACAGGGCAAUUCGUGAACUCUCGAAGGAAGAUGUCGCUCGGCUAAAGGAGUAUGUUUUAUUGAGGGCGCCGUCUAUUCAUGGCCUGUGUAUGUCCGAAGAUCUUCAUGAUACCGUGCAAGAAGCUCUGUAUGCGUUCCUCGAUGUUUCUCUCGACCCCCACAGUGAGGGUGAUAGGACAAUCGUCUCCUCGAUUUGUACAUACUGGACGGAGUGUUUUAGGGCAUCACUUCAGUCAGGACGAUUGCAGACGGGACGUUCCAUCACAUUGUGGCUACGUUACGCAGACCCAAACAAUCUUCUGAACGUCAUUGAUCAGGCUUGCGAUGCCAAUAAUGCCACCCUUACACCAUCUGUGCUGGAGGUUCUGGAGUUUGCCCUCGAUACCCUGAAGGGUUCCUUCACAUGCGCUAGCUCGAGGAUCCCGAUUUCGCAGCUGCUGAGGUUACAUCGGGUGUUACCUCACUCCGAGGUGCUUGAGGAAAUGAUCGCUGUUGUGGUGACUUCGCAUCUUCCGCCAUGUCAUGAUGGGCGGCCUCCACGAGCGAAGUUAUUGGACUUUUCCUUAUCACAACGAUACCUGCCAACUUCUGGAAGUUCACAACUGGGCAUACUGCCCGCUGAUUUCGUCUCGAAGCUGUUUCAAAAGGCAGUUUGGACCGAAUCUACGUCACGCAUCAUAUCCGGGUUGGUUUAUACUCAAUCCGAUGUUGCGAAGGAGUUUGUCGUGUGGUUCAACUCGGGAGCUUGGAUGACCAUUCCGCUCGAGCCUCUGCUACCAGCAGUGCAUGCUGUUUUGGAUUCCCUGGGUGGCGACUCCAUCGAUUUGUUCCGUGAUACCACUAUUACGGCGCUCUUUGAGCGUAUAUUGCCGCAGCGUCGUCGCCCUGAGGGCUUGAGACAGUUGUGCAUCCGCUGUAUCUGCAUCUUACUCGAGGCGGAUGCAGCUCGGAAACAACAGCUCGCCGGCCUGCUACAGAAGAACAUUCAACGCCUUGCUGUUGAGCAGUUCGCUCUGGAAAGCGUGUCCAUCGCCUUCCGCUUGCAAUCAUUUUCUCCACUGGCCGAUCUCGUGACAGAAUUAGCCGAGCGCGGACUGCAAUGGGCAGUGCGCCACUUCUCUGGCCCCGAAGGUGAAGAUGAAGAAGACCGACUGAUUCUAGUUCAAUUAACGAAAAUUGCCAAGCAAGGAUUCAAGGCAAAGACACACUUUGUAGAACCUCUGUUGACUACUAUCAUUCAGAACCGACUUGCUGAUACCGUUGCUGUUGACAUUGGUAUUGCAUUACUGCAGUGCUCGCCCCUCAAGCCCGUUGUUGUGAAUCGAACUUUGCAGAACAUACUUCAACACCCUCAGUUCUUUAAACUAUGUGGUUUUGAAGAGUCGUCUCAAAGAGAUCUCAUCAUCCGUUUUAUCGCUGCCCUAUUCCGACUCCAUCCCACGAACACAUGUCAGCCUUCACAUCUUGUUCCACUCGUGCGCAUAUAUGGCGGGACCAUCUCUGCCGCGGAUCGCAAUCUGCUGAGCAUUUUCCGUUUAUACGAGGCCGAAAAAUUGACGCCUAUAUCAUCUAUCCUCGCCAAAUGGUCGCCUUCUCCUGGUAUAUCUAUUUCAAAUCAGCUUGAGGCAGUACAAAACAUGGAUCCUAUACGCAUGUUGAGAACCUGCCAUGUGUUCCCGAUAUGGAGACGUAUGUCAGACGAACAGGAAGACGAGACGGUUGGCCUGGAUGAGCAGGUUUACGAUCCAUUAUUCGUGACUUUGCUCGUUGCCCAAAUGCUUGCACAUCAUCCUCCAGCUUCGUCACUUGAAUGGGUCCAGACAUUCCGAUCGAACGUUUUCAGUCUGCUUAUCCGCUGUUUGUCUGCAAAAGACGACAAGAUUCGUGAAGCCUCGCUCGGCUUGUUGGCAAGGGUGUGGAAAUCGGUGGAGCUUUCGGAGAUGCAAGAAAAGCAGCACGCGCUGUACAUCUUUAACCUCCUGAAGAACCUUAUCAAGCCCUCAUCCGAUGGUCCUCCCUUACGGUUGCCUUCGUUUGCGUCAUUAAUUCUAUCCCACGCUCUUCGAGGGGUGUUUUAUCCUUCCAAUUUCAUCUACCCGCGCACGGCGCGUUUCCUUCUCCAGCGCCCAGAACUCGACGUGACUGACGUGCCAAUGCUUUAUGGCAUGCUUUAUGGGAGUUCAGAUGACUGGAAGAAAGAGCGUGGAUGGAUCGUCAGGUUCCUGUCCGACGGGAUGAUGAGUACGGAAGAUUGGAAGGUGCUUAAACGCCGACAUACAUGGGAGCUUCUUGCCAGUCUUGUGCAAAGCUCUGUUCGUGAUCAAGUGUUGCGACGUGCAGUACUGGAGGUUCUUGCCAACCUGACUUGUAAUGCCCAGGCAACGACUUCCCUCGUUUUGAAGUCAUCUCUUCUGUCCUGGAUCGAGAUCCAAGUACAACUGCCACAAAGCCCUGAAGACACCCUUGCUUGGCUAAAGAUUCUCGAAAACAUUCUGAUCACAGCCAAUACAGCGAAACUGCAGCGGGCCACGAACGGACAGUGGCGAGAUGCUCUGUGUAGAUGCUUGUUGCUGGUCUUACAGAAUUGCAGUGUGCCGUCGCUCCUCAUUCUCCAACAAGCCGCUCGUGUGACGCUACGAUCAAGUCUAGCGUCUCAGACUUCAACUUUUUUCCAUCUGUCGCAAGUUCUCACGACCGCAAUCGGCGUUCUUGAACAGCUGGAGCCUUGCAUAGAUUUCAGCGAAUCUAGUUCAAUCAACGGACCUGUGAUCCAUCCUAAGGCGCCGUACCACGGUCAUGGGUUGCACAUCCAACCAUCGAUAACUGAUCCCCUGCGUGCAUGGGGUAACAUUGUCGAAGACUUAUGGCGGGCGAGUAUGACGCUUGAAGAAAAGUUCGCGAAAUGGGAUGCCCUGACGGGCAGGCUACUACAGUGGAGAGGCAUCGUCGGUGAUGAUGGUAGCACAAUAGGCGAAUGGGCGAGACUGGAAGUUGUCCGAAUAUCUGUGUCAUCAAUGGCCAGCGGCGUCCAAUAUUGA